AUGUCCGGGGCGGAAGCCUCCUUAGUCAUUGGUCUGAUUUCUGGGGUCAUCUCCAUUGUCAGCGCGAUCAGGAGUACCUACGACGCGGUCAAAGACAAGGACAACCUGCCGGAAGCAUUUCGCGAUGUCGCUCGGAGGCUACCAAUAGUACAAGAGACGCUCAACGCAGCAAAGGCACACAUCCAGGAUAACCAGUCGGAUAAAACAUCUGAGGGAGUGAAGGCCAUCAUCAAAGCCUGCGAGAGCAAGGCCCAGAAGCUGAACGCGCUUUUCCAGAAGGUGGCCCCGCAGGAAGAGGACUCGAGAGCGGACCGAUAUUUGAAAGCUGUACGGAAUCUGGGCAAGGGAGGUCGGGUAGAAGUUUUGAUGAAAGGGAUCUUGGAGGAUAUGCAGCUUUUGGCUGGCAAUGGUGUUGUGAAACUGGCUUCGGAAGCACAGCUCCGCGACUUGAAGGCAGCAAUCGAAGAGAUUUCCGCGCUCAAGCCCUCGAUUCCGGACGAAGAAUUCCCGGACUCUAGCAACGUCUUCAACCAAUAUGGAGCGGGGCACAUGUUUAAUGCAAUAGGGGGCAAAAAUCUCUACAAUCUUGGCGAUGGGAAUCAAUUUCAAGGAGAAAACUUAUAUUUUGGUGAGAUCUUCAAGCAAAAACAAGGAAAGGGCGGUACCCGGUGA